UUGAAAGUGACAGCUCCUUUUACCGUUUCUUUUGCAUCCUCUUUCUUUCCGCGCCGUACGCUUCGCGAAGUCGCACGCUUUUUGAGAUCUAGCUUGAUUUAAUUGCCCCGAAAUGGCCGAGGAAGUGGUGGAUGCCAGCAGCCAGGAUGCGGGCCAGGUGAUGCCGCAGGAGGAGGAGGGCUGGGCCGAAGAUGUCGUGGCCACAAUGCCGGCCCAGGAGGUCACCGAGUGGCCGGAAAUCAAGCUUUUCGGGCGCUGGGCUUGCGACGACAUCUCCAUCAGCGACAUCUCGCUGCAGGACUACAUUGCCGUGAAGGAGAAGUUCGCACGCUACCUGCCGCACUCCGCCGGACGCUAUGCGGCCAAGAGAUUCCGCAAGGCCCAGUGCCCCAUCGUGGAGCGCCUCACCUGCGGCCUGAUGAUGAAGGGGCGCAGCAACGGCAAGAAGCUCCUCGCCUGCCGCAUCGUCAAGCACGCUUUCGAGAUUAUCCAUCUGCUAACCUCGGAGAAUCCGCUCCAGGUCACCGUCAACGCCAUCGUCAAUUCCGGUCCGCGCGAGGACUCCACGCGCAUCGGACGCGCCGGCACUGUGCGCCGCCAGGCAGUCGAUGUGUCGCCCUUGCGUCGCGUCAACCAGGCAAUUUGGUUAAUCUGCACUGGAGCACGUGAGGCUGCCUUCCGCAACAUCAAGACGGUGGCCGAGUGUCUGGCCGAUGAGCUGAUCAACGCCGCCAAGGGAUCCUCCAACUCCUACGCCAUCAAGAAGAAGGACGAGUUGGAGCGCGUGGCCAAGUCGAAUCGUUAAGAUUUUCCACAUUUCCAUGAAUUGAUAACCGACCUACAUAAGUUGCUAUGUAAUCAUUUCAUCUUCUAACUAAAUACACAAAUGUAUUUUA